AUGUCCUUUUCCCAUAUCCAUGUCUCCCUCCAGCUGGUGAGGAGGAUCUAUAAGGGAAUUCCCCUACAGCUCCGAGGAGAGGUGUGGUGUCUGCUCCUCGACGUUCCCAAAAUAAAGGAGGAAAAGAAAGACUUCUACGAGGUAUGUUCUGGAAACACCAGCCAGAACCUCACAGCAGAGAGUUAACAUCCUCCCUCCUUCCUCCCCGGGAAAAGUCAUGUAGGAACUAUACACAGUCACACUGUAGUUGACUCUCCUAUUGUUUCUCUCCACUCAGCCAGCUUCAUUAAAGCCCAGGCCUCAUUAACAUUCAUAACCAGGCCAGCAAACACUGGAUUUAUUAGAUUUCAGAGCUUCAUCAUUAUUACGGGGGAAGAUUAAUGUGUGUGGAGGGGGAGGUGUGGUGCGUGUCAGCACUGGAGUACUGAGUCUAGCGACAACUGAGCUUUAUUAAAACUCAAUAAAUAUUUGCGGGAUGGAUCAGUGGUCUUAUUCCUUUGUAUCUCACUCUCUCUCUCACACACACACACACACGCAAACACACACUCCCUCACUGGCUCUCUGUUGUUGUGUUUCCUGUGUGUAGAAGUUGAAGCUCAGGGCGCGGGGGCUGUCUCCUGACAUCCGUCAGAUUGACCUGGAUGUGAACCGAACCUACCGGGACCACAUCAUGUUCAUGCACCGAUAUGAUGUCAAGUCAGUAUCUCCCUCCAUCUGACAAACAACAUCUGCACUUGGACACUACAGUACACGCGCGCAACACAGGGACCACAUAAUAUUCAUGCACCGGCCCGAUGUCUAGUCAGUAUCUCAUACUCAACAUGCUGAGAAGUACAACAUCUACACUUAGUCACUACAGAACAGUACCCAUAAUUAGGGCCUGGAGUUUUUUCUUGACCAUGUGCCCUGACUAGGAAAAACUCCUGGUUGUAGGGGGUUACAAAAAAAGCCUGGCCCAUUACACACAUCUAUCUCUCCAUACCUCUUUCUGUCAUAAUGGUGGCUGACAUUGACAUUUCCCUAUAAGGAAGUGAGAGGACACACGUCCCUUUUCUGUGUUUUUACUUGAUGACGUCAUGAGGAGAGCCAGAACCAGGGGCCCCUGGGAAAUAAACACUGUGACCUGCAGAGUCAGAGAGCAGCAUGGACCAGGCACCCACAGCCUCACAGGAACUGAACACAUUGCCUCAAAACUGACCAUGACACAAUACAACUACCAACUACCUCAAACACAACUAUACCAUGAAAGCAUAAAACUUCCAACUACCUCAAACACAAAGGUUGCCAUUACUGGCAGCCAAAUAUAGGAAGUAAAAAUCACUAAUGCAGUUGUUCAUCUCAUAAAGAAGACAAUAUGACUAUUAGAACAUUUGAAUGAUGAGAGUAGGCCAUUCCACCAAUGUAACCCGAAUACAGUCUUGGUUGGACCAGGUCUCUCUUGAAAAAUAAAUGUAAAAAGCAACCUGAAUUCAACACCUUUUGUGGAAAGCUCCAGAGGUGAUCCUGUUAGGUAACCUGUACUUCCAGCAGAGUAUGUCUAGUCAUUAGUAGAUUGACUGUUUGUGGUUGUUUUCAGGCAGCAGGCUCUGUUCCACGUCCUAACAGCCUACUCCAUCUACAACACGGUGAGUCACACUACACACUUAAUGAAUCCCCCUAAACCUCUACGCUUCCUCUUCUUUACUCUACCUCUCCUUUUCCCAAUCAACUUUUUUCUACAACUUCCUUCUCAUCUCCUGUCCCUCAUCCUUCUUUUUCCCCAUCCAGCUCCUCCUGAUCAUCCUUCCCUGUUCUCUCCAGCCACCAUCCUUUAAUUGUCCUGUGUAGAAGUAUACAAGUGAGUUUGUGUGUGCAGUUUUGCAUGCAUGUUUGUCUAUACAUAUACAUGAUAAAACUGUGUGUGUGUGUGUGUGUGUAUAUAGGAGGUGGGGUACUGCCAGGGCAUGAGUCAGAUCACUGCUCUGUUGCUCAUCUAUAUGAAUGAAGAGGAUGCCUUCUGGGCUCUGGUCAAACUGCUGUCUGGACAGAAACACGCCAUGCACGGUAAACACACCAACACACAUCAAAAACACACUCUCUACACACUGUGUAACAUCCUAUAUAAGUGUUAGACUGUCAUUCAGUAGCCCAUGCAAAACCUACGCCUAAGCCAUACCAUACAUGUGCACCAUAUGGGAUAAAACUCAAUUCAGGGGUAGCAUACUAGACCAGACACACUAAGGAGGCAUGAACAGCCAUGCCCUAGACCAGAUAGUAUAGUUAUCUGGGAUCUUUUACUCCAAACAAUCUCACAUACCUUUUCAAGGACGUAGGCUAUCUAUUCUGGGCCCCAUAAAAUGUGAGGAAACACAUUUAUAGAGAACACCGCCCCCCUUACAACUUCCUACCAAAUAUCUAUAGAGCUCACCCAAUCUCACGUCCCUUCCAUUCAAACCCACACACAACAAGAACCACCAGAUUAAUUUCCUAUAUUUAUCAAAUGCUUUGAAAACGGACGUGAAGAGACUGUUAAUGUCAGUCUCUCCCUCCCUCCCUCCCUCCCUCCGUCCCUCCCUCCCUCCCUCCCUCCCUCCCCUCCACUCCAGGGUUUUUUAUCCCUGGCUUCCCCAAGCUGAUGCGCUUCCAGGAGCACCAUGACCGCAUCCUCAAGAAGUUGAUGCCCAAACUGAAGUCACACCUGGUGAGGCCCGCAGAGAACACACACACACAGAGCCUGGGGAGGGGGUAGUGGUAAAUAAAUGACAGCCCUAAGCCUGCUGGUAUGGGGGACUGAGUUGAGUGCCACAGCAGCAGCCUUUGAUGUGUUGAGAUUAAAGGGUGGUGGAAUGAGAGAGAAAUGCCAUGUCUACACACACAACCAUGCACACACACACACACACACACACACACACAGACAUGGACUGCUUUUAAUAUGGGGCCUUGGGCACAGUGGCUGAUUCACCACUGCUGUUAAACCAUUGUUUAAUACUCAUGCACGUACACACACACACACACACACACACACACACGCAGAGUGGUAACGGCUCAUUGUUCUCUAUGUUUCAGGACACACAGGAGGUGUUCACCAACCUGUACACUAUGAAGUGGUUCUUCCAGUGUUUCCUGGACAGGGUGAGUGGCUCAAUCCCUUCCCUCUGUGUCCUUUAGGCCUGCAGCUUUUAUAACAUGGGUGUUGGGCUAAAGAAAGUGUUAAAUUAUAUUAUGAAAAUAUAUUUAUUUCUCCUCCAUUCUGUCUCUCUCAUUCUCUCUCUCUCCCUAUCUCUUUCUCUCCCUCAGACCCCCUUCACCCUGACCCUGCGGAUCUGGGACAUCUAUAUCAUGGAGGGAGAGAGAGUUCUGACCGCCAUGUCCUACACGGUCCUCAAACUGCACAAGAGUAAGACUAUAACAGUAGGACUGUGCUUUUGUGACCAUGUGGUUGUCUGUGACCAUGUGGUUGUCUGUGACCAUGUGGUUGUCUGUGACCAUGUGGUUGUCUGUGACCAUGUGGUUGUCUGUGCGCCACCAGACUGUUUUAACCCGCUGAACUAAAGCCCCAGCUUCAGGUCUCAGGCAAAGAUACUCAUCAUGUGAGAAUGGUUCACUGAACCACCUCCGCUAAACUCGAAGACACGUGCCUGUCCUCAAACUGCACAAGAGAAAGUGUUCUCACACUGGUGUGUGUGUGUGUGUGUGUGUUUGCAGAGCACCUGUUGAAGCUGUCCAUGGAGGAUCUGGUGGAGUUUCUGCAGGUGACUCUGGCCAAGGACUUCUUCUUUGAGGAUGACUUUGUGAUUGAGCAGCUGCAGAACAGCAUGAUGGAGCUAAGGAGGUCCAAACUGGAGCUGGCCGCACCAGGUAGCCUACUGCCCCCAACACAUCUCAUACACACACUAAUUACAUUAGGCUAUACAUUUAUCACACACAGAUUAGACAACUGCACACGGAUGUAUCAGCCUGCACAUGUUACUUCACUUACAUUCACCCUCAACCACACAGUUACAGUUCAUUCAUACACACACACACACACACACACACACACAGAGCUCUCCUGCUCGCUGCUGUGUAGUAAUAUUACCAGUGGUAGUAGUAAUUAGUGAUAGCAGUCUGUGUCUAAUCUUGCUUUCUCUCUCUUGCUUAAUCUGCCUUUUUUCCCUCUUCUCCCAAUCGUUCGGCCCAGCCUACAAAAGUGUGGGUGGGAGUGGGGGCCACAUCCCCUCCUACAACAGUAACCGGUGGGCUAUCCUGACUGGUGUUCCCCUGUUUCAUCAUCUGUCCAUCCCUCCCUCCGUUUUACGUCUGUCUGUCGCCUGUCUGUCCAGCAGCCCUGGGGUUCUCUUACAAAACAUUGUCACAAUGUUACCGCAACCUUAUACAGUAGCUACUGCAACUCAGGCCAGGCUGCUAUUGCUUUAAAGCUACCUUGGAGUCUUGUAAUGGAGGGAUUCUCCUUCUCCAUUUCCCUCUCUCUAUUACUCCCAUACUCUUUGUCUCUGACUGCUUUUAGCUAGGUACUGUAGAGAUAGUCAUUGUCAGACAGUAGUAACCAUUUAACUCAUACUGUACAGUUAAUAAGAUACUUUGAGUCAAUAAUUUCAGUUAAUAAGAUACUUUCAUCUUGCCUGAAGCUUUGACUGGUCACCACUCAACAUUGUAGGCUACAUAAUGGCUUAACCUCAGAAUGUCCUAAUGCACUGUGGCAUCCUACCACCCUGGUUGUGUGUGCGCACACACACACGCACACACACACACACACCGUGAGAGAGCUAUUUUCUCUUCCUGGUGACAGGAUAAUAAGCAUCAUCCAACACUGGAGGCUUUUUGUUCAACUGCAGCACUUGGAGCUCAUUUUUAACCCAUCUGCUACCAGUGAACCAACCACAUGUCAUGUUGAGAAAUGGAGAUUCAGAAGCCAAAACUCUUCAAACUUUGACAGUUAAAUUGUUGGGUGAGGUUUGUAAUAAGAGCCUAAACAAAGGUUUGAAUAGGUUGUUGUCUGUGUUUACAUUUGAUUGUGGGGUGGAGACUGCAUCCUACCCUUAACUUGGAAACCCUAAAGCACCUGUGUUAGUGAACACAUAUAUUUCCUGGGUGAAUCCUCAAUACUCUCUUAAGUGGCUUCCUCUCCUGAGUCCUCACUGAGAAGACUGGAUGGGUGGGAGCAAUAAAGCACUGAUCUGGGCUGUGUCCCAAUACAUUUGAAUGGCUUCCGCUUCUUGUCUCCUUUCCUUUAUCCCCAACCAAAGAGCCAUUAUUUCUCUUAUCCAGGCUUUUCAGAUCAGUGGUUCUAAGUGAAAGUAGAGAAGCAUAGGAAGCUGUGUAGGAGUGAUGGAUGCUGUGACUUACGAUAUUGUUUUCUCCCAUUCAGUCAAAGGACAGGGAAAUGGGACAUAUUGUUGGAACAUCACUUUCUUACACAAUGGAGAGCCACUUUAGUUUGUGGAUUCAAUACCAGUCAGUGACAGCACUUCCUGGUUCAAACUCACACACUUCCUGGUUAAAACUCACAACACUUCCUGGUCCAUCACAUCACUUCCUCUUCUCCAGUUCGUGUCUCCUGGUUUCUAUGGUGAUUGUGGACACACUGUUCCUACCAGAGUCCAACACAUCCAGUGUCACACCUUCACUGUCUGUUUCUCUGUAUAUUUGUGUCACCUGUACUGUGCUUUCUUUUCUUGACAUGGGUAGAUACAAUUAUGUAGUAAUAAUAAUAAUAAUGUACUCAUCAAGUAAUAGAGUUUUUAAAACUGCAUAGAGUUGAUGUAUUUAUGGUUUGUGUCCUAGAGUGCUAACUCAGUCAUGUUUCCUAUUUUACCUCUUACAAGUGUUUCUAAAGUCUUUAAGGACAGUCCGUUAGCCAAUUUCAGUCUGACCUUUUGAAGUCGCUGUCUGCUGUUGCAGCUAAGUACAUUUUAAUGAAAUUGAGUGAAAACGUAUCAUUUCAGAGUCUACACUUUUGAAUGGCACUUCCUAAUUGGACGCCUCUGGCUCGCACUCUGGGAAUUUAAUAUAAGAUAUAUUUCAGAUGUUGUAUUUUUUAUGUCCUUGGUUGGUUUCUCGCCUGUGGAGACGUGAUUAUUCAGUGUUGUGGUGAAUGUAAUUCUCUCUUUAUUUUCACCCCCCGUCGGCAGUGAUGUUGCAUGAAUCCAUAUUGCCCUUUUUUAAUAUUCAUAGUUUGAAAACAUGCCUUUGCCGUUUUGUGUUCUCCCUCCAGGUGCUCUAACCUGUCUUUCUGUUGUAUCUGUGCAGGUAAAGAGGAUGAGUAUCCCAAGAAGCUUCUUGGGCAGCUUCCCCCAGAGCCGGCGGUGAACCAGAACCACGUGGCGAAUGGUCAGAGCCACGCCCAGCCGGCCGAGACCCCCAAAAGCACCCAGCCCCUCCCUCGAGCGCCAGCGGGACAGCCGGCCCCCCAGCCGGGCGCGCAGGGACUCCCUGGAGAAGCUGGUCCGGCAGCACAAGGCUGAGAAGAGGGAGGCCAGAUCACGGGGGUCCGGAGAGAACUCUGUCCCCCUCGACCCCCACUGCAAACAGCCCUCCGUCCCCACCCUCGCCACCCCCGAGAGAGGGUCCACACCGACACCUACACCGUCCCCGGCGCCCUCGCCGCACCCCAAGCCUCCUACAAAAGUGGUGGACGGAGGGAAGCCUCAGAGCCACGCCACGGCCAACCACAACUCCAAUGCCGCCUCCAGCAGCUCUCGUAAAGACAUCGCCCCGCGCUGGGUCAAGCCCUCUGAGACCAAGCUGGAGGCGGCCAAGGCAGCGGCGGCCAGGGAGAUCCAGCUGAGCCGCGGUGGUUCCCCGGUGCCCUCCAGCCCUGACGACACCCUGCUGCUAAACCGCCGGCCCCGCUCCAGGGGCUUGAUCCCAGGCUCCAACCGCGGCUCCAAUGCCUCUCAGUACGACAACGUGCCCGGGGGGGCAGAGCAGAACUUUGUGGAGGUCCUGGAGCUGGAGAGGCCACCGUCGCAGAUGAGGCACAGCGAGACACCGUCCCUACCCCCCACCCGCAUCCCCAGCCUGCAAGGGAGCAUGGUCUCCAUAGAACCAGUGGCUAGGCAGGCCAAACACCCCAUCCCCACUGCCCUGUCCCUCAACAGCCCUGCUGGGGGUAAACCCUAUGUCCACCCCAAUGCCCAGAGCCAGUACCACACGCCCCCCCAGCAGUACUCCCCCGGCCGGCCUGCUAUGGUGCCACUCCACUACCCCCCCUACAGUGUGAGCCUUGAGCAGAGGGGACUGGGAGAGGACAGGCACUACAGCCCCCUGCCCUCCCGAGGCACCCCACCUAUGGGUCUGAUGUAUGGGGAGAGGGGGUACGCCACCACCCAGCGGCCCAGCCUCUCUCCGGAGAAGGCCCUCAUGAACAACUCCUACGCCACCACCCACAGGCAGCCUCCCAGCUCAGCCCAUCCCCCCCGGACCACUGUGGCCCCCCGCACCAUACAGCAGCUGGACAGCCCUGGUAGUAACGCCUCCACAUACCUGCGCCAGCCCACACGGCUCACCUCCGCUGCAGCCGCCCAUCCGAUGUACCCUCCUGUUGACUACAACAGGUACGAGGGGCGCAGGAGAGGGGAGCAGACCCCGCUCUACCUGCCUGAGGGGCCAGGCCGGGGAGGGGCAGUGGAGGUGCAGCCGUGGGGGCAGCAGGAGGGUGGUGACAUGACACAUGCCCCUGGAGGUGUACCCCGCUCCCCCAGCUUCCAGAGGGCCCAGAUGUCCCCCGUGCAGGAGUUCACCUUCCCCCCUGGCCCUGACAGCCUGGCUCACUACAGGACACAGUUCCAGGAGCAACAGCAGCCCACCAUGAGGCAGCAACUCCCCCCGCUGUUCGGAGGACCACACUACAGGCACGCACCAGAGGCGUUCACCAUGCAGGAGUCUAUGUUGCUGUGAGAGGAUGGAGAUGGAGGUGUAGUCACUGACACUGUGGCAGCAGACACAAGCGGUAGUCCUACUAGUGUUAAGGAGUUUUAGUUUGGUUUGUUUGUGCUUUAUAUGUGACGUACUGACCUUAAAAGUCAUACUGCAUCAUGAAUGCUGCAGGACACCAGUUUCUGAAGUUUUUAUGGAUCCCUUUUAAAAACCCACUGAAGAUUGAUUAUUUAUUUUUUGAAUGUUAAAUCAUUAACAGCAGGAGUUUAAAAGUGUGUAUAUAUAUGGAUAUCUGUCUUUUAGAGUUUAAAAUGUACAGUAAAUGAUGUUUUGUUAAUAUACUGAGUUAUUUAAACGUUAUCAGUAGCAGGGGACAAUUCUCCUGGCGAGACAAACUCAGUGAUUCCUUUUUCCUUUUUUUUUUUUUUUUUAUGAGUUACUUCCAAAUUAUCUAUUUUAGAGGUCAAUUAACUCUAUGCUUGUGAAUAUCUUAUUUUUCAGAGAGAAGAAACAAAGCUAUGUCAAAUAAUAGAAUUACGGAACAGUGACGAUUAAAAGAAUUGUCGAAAAUAUAUCUUUCAUUUCAAUUUUGAAGCACCUCCACUGUAUAACGACCGUUUUUCAAACGAGGAGUUUAUUUUUUCAUUGGAUUAUUCUGUUGUCGCUCAGUUUAGUGACCACUGUAAUUUCUAGUCAUCGCAAUGCAUUUCUGUAACCCAAAUACAGUGUGUACAGUAUGUUUGGAUAUGGAGGCCAGUGUCUGCUUUAUACCCCAUAUUUAGACUGUAAACUCUAUCAACAGUGAACUAUUUUGUCGUCCGUAGAAAAAAACACCCCUUUUCUCCCAUGAAGUAAUGUAUGAUUUAUUUCCCUCUGAAAAGUUUACAUGAAUAUUAAUUGCAUAUUAACAGUACAGUAUUUUCGUCACCAAAUAGUAAUUGUCAUCUGCAAGAGGUUUCUAUAGAGGGGGAAUGUGUAUUAGUAUUGAAGUACUUACUAAGCCGCAAUAUGCUUUAAUUGCCAAUUCAUGUCUUAUUUUCACCAAUCACAUUAACUGCUGUUCAGUUACCAGCACUUUUACAUAUUAAAUCAUUCCAUACACACACAUCAAUACUUACUGACGUAUACAUACUACUUUGUAGUGUGACGUCACACAUUUGAAUACAUAUUCAACCACCUACCCUUUUAUUGCUGAUUCUCAACUAUGUACUUUUUGAUACAAUGCUUAUCAUUCUCAAACAGUAUAACGAUACUGUUAUUAUUUGAACAUGCAAAUAAGUUGUUCCUUUUUUUGUAAAAUAAUUAAUUGCAAAAUGGUUUAUCAGAUCAUUCUUCAGAGACUUUUCUUUACUUAAUAAAACAAAUUGGGGUGUGCAUUUCUGAUCAUGUGUCUGUAUAUUUGUGUGUGCGGAUUUAUUUCUGUAAGUAUGUUAUUGCUAUUCCCUUCAUAUAUCAGUGAAGUUUCUUCAUACAUAUUCUACAUGCUUGGACCACAAAGCUCA